AUGUCCGCGACCGACGCCGUGGACGAGCGCCAGCGAAUCACGCGAAGCGCGCCCACCGCGCACCGCGUCGCCGUCGCCGUGAUCGCCGCGCGCGUCGCGUUCGACCCGCUCGGAUUCGGCGGUCGCCGCGCCGGCGUCUGGGAGGACGCCCUCGCGCGCGCGCCGACGCGCGUGGACGAAGACCCGGCGCGAUGCGUGCGCGACGUGCGCGCGGCGCACGCGAAGUGCGCGGUCGACGCGCUCGCGGGCGGAGGGACGCGCGAACGGAGCGCGACGGAGACGACGCGGGCGCUGCGAGCGGCGCUGGAAGACGCGACGGCGAGCGAGACGAACGAAGACGCGACGGAACGCGCGGCGCGCGAUGCGAUCGUGCGAUGGGGAUUGGAGAGGUUUUUGGACGAAUUGAUGGAGGUGUCGGAGAGUUUGGACGAUUUGGAGGCGUUUUUUGAGGACGCGCGAUGCGUGGCGGCGAACGCGCGCGCGGAGGAUUACGAGGCGGAAUACGGAUUCGAGACGCGGGACGUCGAGGGGUGGACGCCGAUCGGAAUGUUUUUGAAGCGGUGUUAUCUGGGGUUUAAUUUAUUGCCGUUUGAGGCGACGCUGACGUUGCUGGAUGAGGUGCGGGCGUACGCGGAGGAGGUCGCGCGGGCAAUCCAAGGCGACGAAAACGAGCCGCCGAGCGGGAGAACGUGCGCGGCGCCGGAUGUGCUGACGACGCUCGUCACGCGCGCCGUCGAGGCGUACGAUACGCACGCCGUAGAUGCCGAUCGAGUUUUACCGCCGGAAGCGCUCGAGGAUCUGCGGGAUUUGGCGCCCGAAGUGCCGACGCUGCACUACUUGCGUCACGCAGCGGCGUUGCGACGGAAAGAUUACCCAGCGGCGGUGGAGCAUUUACAUCGACACUUUGACAUCAGCGGCGAGCACAACGAGUUGAGAGCGGAUUUAGGAGGCGAUAACGUUUUAGUGGGCGGGUUUGAAAGCGCCAACGCCGGGCGCGAGCGGUUGCAGACGGCGUUAUUGGCGCUCGCGUCCACGCAGCUGGCGUUUUCGCACGCGGACGAGGCGACGUUUGCGAUUUCCGAAGCCGUGCGCACGGCGCAGCAGAAUGGUGACGAGGCGUCGUUGGCGCACGCUCUCGCGCUCACAACGGCAUUGUUGUCGCGAGCACCUUUGGACGCGUCGAGUCAUCGAGCGUCGCACCAAGACGAGCAACUGCCGACGCUGCUCCGACGAUUGACGGCGCAAGCGGCGGAGCUGGCGUCGCCGCAUCUCAUCGCCUACGCCUCGCUCGCACUCACAAAGUACGCGAUCGACAACCCGUCUCGGGCACUUGGGUCACAUUCGCACGCGCCCGGCGGUGGUGCCUUGUCUCGCGCGGCUCGAGGUGGCGUAGACAUCGUGACGACGCCGGCGCUCGCGACGCGAAACCUCGUCGACAUCGAGUUAACGCGACACUUCACUCAACUCGUCUCCGCCACGCCCGCAUCCGCGGCGUCGUUAGCAUUAGCGCGUGAGUCAUCGGGUGACGGCGUGCUCGGCGCUGGGAACGAUUUGUACCCACCGCCCAAAGGUUUCGCGUCGACGCCGACGUGUGGGUACACGCUGAGCGCCACGGCGACGGCGCUCAGGAGCUUGACGGGUACUGCGUCUACGCUCGCUGCGGAGGGUUGGAGCACGUAUGGGUGCAAAUAUAUCGGUCGACUGUACGCUGUUCGUCAGCUUUACCUCGAUCGCGAAGCCUCGGCGGAUGAAACCGCGACGAGUUGCGCGACGCUCAUCGCUGCGGCGAGCGAGUGCGAAGGCGUUGAAGCCGCCGACGAAGUGUGUCGACACGUCGAAGAAAUAUUCGGCAAAGAUGGAUGCGAAAACAAGUUUUCUGCCCUGGCGUUUUUAAGGCUACACUACGACCGCGCCGUAGGCGUUGGUUCGUACGCGACCGCGAGACGCGCCGCUCAGCGCAUGCUCGCCGUCAUCGACGCGAAGUCGGGAGCAGACAACGCGGCGUACUUUGAAGCGAGGCGGAUGAACGCAAACCUGGACAGGCUGAUGAAGAACUUCGAUGAUGCCCAAAAAGAGUUGAACGCACUCAUCGCUGACGCCGAGAAAGUGAAGGACGAGCACGCGGCGAUGUGGGCCAAAAUCUCACUCGCCGAGACGCAUCUGAGCGCCGGCGCGCCAACGUUGGCGUUGAUGCGCGCUCUACCGCUCGAGCUCGAAGCGUCCGAAAGUGGUGUCGAGCCGAUUCAAACGCGUGCCUUGUGCAUAAUGUGCGAGUCUUGGCUCGAGCUCGGAAACUCGCACGCGCAACUCGCGCGCGACGCGUUGGACGCGCGCGCGCUUGAGCUCCUAUCGAGCGACGAUUUGCGCUUGCAAGCCAGAGCGUACGUCGCGUGCGCGCGCGCGCUCAUCGCCACGACCGUCGAUUCUGGUCAUGCAUCGAUCGCAUCUCGCGUCAUCGAUGCCCUCGAGCGCGCUGCGGAGCGUUACGCCAAGCUCGGCGCCCAUCGCGACGCGGCGAUGACGUACGCUCGUCUCGCCAAGGCGCGCGCGCGAUUCGACAUGGAUACCGUCGCUGCCGCCGCCAAGUGCCGCGAACACGCGAACGCCUCGUUAUAUUUCGCUACGUAG